GCGAGUUGUUUAAAUGACUUGAUCCGCCACCCCUCUCAACCAGUUACGAGGGACAUAGCAGAUAUGCCUCACCAUAAAGUUCGGUGCGUACAUCCAAAUUUCCCCUGCAGUGAUCCUCUCCAGAGCCUGCUAUCUUUGUGGAACUGUGUUCACCUUGAACAUUCGACAUGUCCCCAUCCACUUUUACCACAAUGCUCUUCUUAGGUCUUGCCUUGACUGUGAACGGGUCUAUCGAUCACAACGUUACCGUCGGCGGUAGCCAGCUGACUUUUAAUCCUUCAAAUAUCUCUGCUCAGGCUGGUGAUACCGUGACGUUCCAGUUCAUGCCAGGCAAUCAUACGGCCACACAAUCGACAUUCGAGCAGCCUUGCCAACCUUUCAAAUCUAGCAGUGGUCAAGGCGGUUUUGACUCAGGAUUUAUGCAAUCUACAUAUACCAUCGACAUAAGCGACGUUACUCCCAUCUGGGUAUACUGCAAACAGGGGCUGCAUUGUAGAGAAGGGAUGGUGUUUAGCAUCAAUGCCGAUGUUGCAGGGUCCGAGACUUAUUCUGCGUUCAAAGCCCGUGCUAUGGGUGGGACGGUCAGUAACGGUGGGGCUGGGAGAGCUGUAGUUAGCUGUUUUGGGGUCGUUCUUGGUUUAUUUAUCCUUGCCGAAGGUUGGAUGUUGUGAAGGACCGGUGUUCUCAGGGGUUUUCCAAAACUGGUGACCUGUAUAUCUCGCACCACAGAUGGGCU